GCGUGAAAUAUUCAUUUGUACCACUGCUUUCUUUCGACACCCAUUGUAACAUUCUUCGGGUUAUUACGGACUUUCGAUUGUGUCCGCCAUCCGCAAUCCGCAAUUUCAGUGGAGGUGAGGUCAUCUUCGCCAAGCAUAUCCACACAGCGCCGUAUCAUCACGAUAUCGAAUCGAUAUUGAAUACUCAAAUUCGGAGGAAAUCGGUACGGAAUUCUCACCGUGUUCAUUUUAACUCCUAUUGUAUCGUGAUCAUUCAGUGAAAAGUUUCUCUGGCAUUCGAUCUCUGAUUUCCCUCUACAAUUUGAGCCUUUUAGACUGGUGGAUUGCACGUCAAAGGGAGGAAUAUUAUAUGAUACAUGAUGAGUUAUAGUUUAGCUACCUCGAAAACCAGGGGCUCGGCUUUGUAUGCUGGAAGCCUACCCAAAAUCCCAUCGUCUUUCAAAUGUGGAAAGGUAGCGGGCUUGAGUGCCGGUGCAAGAUGUAUAUCAACACGUGAACUCGACGCUUCGAAAGGCGACCGUGAAAGAGUCCUGAUUCUUGGCUCGGGCUGGUCAGGCUUCACACUUUCUCGUCAACUGGAUCCUAAGAAAUACCAAACAGUUGUUAUUUCUCCACGGUCAUAUUUUGUGUUCACACCAUUAUUGGCUAGUACAGCUGUUGGAACAUUGGAAUUUAGAAGCGCGCUUGAGAGUGUGAGAGGCAGAGGAAGAUGGAGAGGAUGGGGUUUAGUAGGUGGCGGAUGGGGUGGUUGGGGAGCGAGAGGGAAUGGGGUCGAGUUUUGGCAGGGGUGGGCAGACGACGUAAACUUUGAUAAGAAAACUAUCAAAGUAGAAGAAAACGCAAUUGAGAGACCCAAAACCGCUUCCACAACAAUAGAAAAGAAAGAAAAAGGAAAAGUGUUUGAAGUGGGCUAUGAUAAAUUGGUGGUUAGUGUUGGAUGUUAUAGUCAAACAUUUGGGAUUGAGGGGGUCAGAGAAAACGCAUUGUUUUUGAAGGAUGUGGGGGAUGCGAGGAAAAUUAGGAAGAGGAUCUUAGAAUGUUUUGAAACAGCUGCGCUACCAACCAGUUCCGAUUCUCUGAGGAAACAACUUUUGAAUUUCGCCAUCGUAGGCGGCGGUCCAACUGGUGUCGAAUUUGCAGCCGAACUCUUCGAUCUUUGUCAUGAAGAUCUCUCCACUCUAUACCCUUCUUUAACCCCAUUCAUAAAGAUAACAAUUUAUGAUGUUGCGCCAAAAAUCCUUCCGAUGUUCGAUAAAAAUCUUGCAAACUACGCGUUGGAACAUUUCAAAAGAGAUGGAAUUGAAAUUAAGACUGAACAUCAUAUCUUGGGAUUGCGAAGAGGAUUGCCCAAGGAAGGAGAAAAUGGAGAAGACGCAGGAAAAGGAUUCACAUUAAACUUGAAGGAAGAAGGUGGUGUAGGUGUGGGAAUGUGUGUUUGGAGUACGGGAUUGAUGAUGAAUCCUUUCAUUGAGAAGGCGUUGAGUUCGGUUCAUACUUUCCCUACUCAAUCUGCUAUUAUGGCUGGAAGCGAUAAAGAGAAUAGUAUGGAGAGACCGGAAGAUAAAAAGUGGGAACUGAAAAGAAGCCCCAAAACAGGUGGAUUGAUGGUGGAUAAUUUCUUUAGGGUUAAAUUGGCUACUCGUUCAUCUCUAGACGGAGCAAAGCAAAUUCAACAAGAAGCAACGAUGAAUGAUGUCUUCGCAUUGGGAGAUGUAGCGGUCUUGGGAGAUAUGGGAUUACCAGCUACUGCGCAAGUGGCAAACCAAGAAGCGAAAUGGCUCGGAAAGAGACUCAAUAAGAUGGACAAGGCAGGAAAGAUAGGACCUGCUGAGGAUAAAGGGUUUACCUUCAAAAAUAUGGGAGUUAUGACUUAUGUCGGGGGUAUGAAGGCGAUUAUGCAGACGGAUGGAAAGGGAGAGAUUAAGGGGAGAGCAGCAUGGAUAAUCUGGAGAGGUGCAUAUCUAACUCAAACAAUCAGCUGGAGGAAUAAGAUACUCAUCCCUAUGUAUUGGGCAAUCAAUUGGUUGUUUGGACGCGAUAUUUCGAGGUUUUAGCGGACUAUAAAGAUAUGCUUGGAAAGAUUGGAUGAACCGAAGAUUGAAUAAAAGGACAUGGAUAGAUUAAAAAGGAAAACUGCAUAGCUAUGGAUGACUUCGCGGGAAGGCUGUAACAUAUUGUAUUUUUGUGUAUUUUUAUAAUGAGGCUAAUUCUACUUUUUAUUCU